AUGGAUGGAGCUUACAGGGUGGAAGAUGGAACUUCAUUCAUGAGAGGGGCUCAGGAUAUUGCCAAGGAAGUUAAGAAGCAGACAGCAAAAGUGAAUAGAGCUGUAGAAAAAGCUCAAGAUGGGUAUACCGAAAAAUCACACAAUAGAUUCCAGCAUGAAGAAACAAAUGAGUAUUAUGCACAAGGAAGAAAUUAUGAUGGAGACGCAAAUGAAGAUGAAGGGUCAAGUGAAGCAACUGAAGGACAUGAUGAAGAUGAUGAGAUUUAUGAGGGAGAAUAUCAGGGAAUCCCAAAUACAGCGCAGAACAAGGAUGGGAUGUCAGCCAUAGGGCAGCCCAUACGAGAUGACUACAAAGAUCGUCUUGAGCUAGAGACAGAGAGAAAAGCUGAUGAAGAAGAACUAGCACAGCAGUAUGAGCUAAUCAUUCAAGAAUGUGGGCAUGGACGUUUUCAGUGGGCCCUCUUCUUUGUCCUUGGCAUGGCAUUAAUGGCAGAUGGGGUAGAAGUUUUUGUGGUUGGAUUUGUAUUGCCCAGUGCUGAGACAGACAUGUGCAUUCCUAAUUCUGGAUCGGGAUGGCUUGGUAGCAUAGUAUACCUUGGGAUGAUGGUGGGGGCAUUCUUCUGGGGAGGCCUGGCAGACAAGGCAGGAAGGAGACAGUCUCUUCUGAUAUGUAUGUCUGUCAAUGGAUUCUUUGCCUUCCUUUCAUCCUUUGUCCAGGGCUAUGGCUUCUUUCUCUUCUGUCGAUUACUUUCUGGAUUUGGGAUUGGAGGAGCUGUUCCAGUUGUAUUCUCCUAUUUUGCUGAAGUACUUGCUCGAGAAAAACGUGGAGAACAUUUGAGUUGGCUUUGCAUGUUUUGGAUGAUUGGCGGCAUCUAUGCCUCUGCCAUGGCUUGGGCAAUCAUUCCUCACUAUGGAUGGAGUUUCAGCAUGGGAUCUGCCUAUCAGUUCCACAGCUGGCGAGUAUUUGUUGUUAUGUGCGCCCUCCCCUGUGUUUCUGCGGUCGUGGCUCUUACUUUCAUGCCAGAAAGCCCAAGGUUCUUGCUUGAGGCUGGGAAACAUGAUGAAGCUUGGAUGAUUCUCAAACAAAUUCAUGAUACAAAUAUGCGAGCUCGUGGUCAGCCUGAAAAAGUUUUCACAGUUAACAGGAUCAAAACACCCAAGCAGAUAGAUGAACUUAUAGAAAUCGAAAGUGAUACAGGAACCUGGUACAGGAGAUGUUAUGUCAGAGUGCGCACAGAGCUGGAUGGUAUUUGGUUAACGUUUAUGAGAUGUUUCACCUAUCCAGUAAAGGACAAUACGACCAAACUUGCAGCAGUGUGGUUCACUCUUUCUUUUGGCUACUAUGGAUUGUCAGUCUGGUUUCCAGAUGUCAUUAAGCAACUACAAGCAGAUGAAUAUGCUUCUAGAAGGAAGAAUUUUUAUAAUCAGACGAUUGCAGACUUCGAAUUUAACUUUACUUUGGAAAAUCAGAUGCACUUCAAUGGAACAUUCCUGAAUGACAGGUUUACUAUGAUGAAAUUCAAAACAGUUACUUUUCAAGACACUCUCUUUGAAAACUGUAAUUUUGAAGAUGUUACCACACUGAACACGUAUUUUAGGAACUGCACUUUCCUGAAUACCACCUUCAGGAACACAGAUAUUGAACCAUCUAAAUGCCCUGGCAGUGAAUUUAUAAACCCCAGAUUCUUUCACAACAAGACAGGAUGUCAAAUUUCCUUUGAUGAUGAUUACAGUGCCUAUUGGAUUUACUUUGUUAAUUUCCUGGGGACUCUUGCAGUAUUACCAGGGAAUAUCGUUUCAGCUCUUUUGAUGGACAGAAUUGGGCGUUUAACAAUGUUAGGUGGUUCCAUGAUUCUUUCUGGAAUUAGUUGCUUUUUUCUGUGGUUUGGUACAAGUGAAUCUAUGAUGAUAGGCAUGCUGUGUCUAUACAAUGGCCUCACCAUCUCGGCAUGGAACUCACUUGAUGUUAUUACCGUGGAGCUAUAUCCUACAGACAGGAGGGCAACAGGCUUUGGCUUUUUAAAUGCACUAUGCAAAGCAGCAGCUGUUCUUGGAAAUUUAAUAUUUGGUUCCUUUGUUGUCCUUGCCAUAUCAAUCCCAAUACUUUUGGCAUCUACAGUUCUAGUAUGUGGAGGUUUGGUAGGACUUCGACUCCCUGACACCAGAACCCAAGUGCUGAUGUAA